UUCGCGACUCGACGUUUAGUCAGUGACCAAGUGUGUGGUGAACCAUAUCCGUUUCUUCUUUAAUAAUAAUUAAUAAUCUUCAAAACUGCGAAGACAAAGUCCAUAAAAAGGAGCGUUAGAGCCCUGGAGAACUUCCCAUCUGCAUUACGAACUAAUAAUUCUUAAAAAACAGCGUUAGAGCUCUGGAGAAUUUUCAAUCUGCAUAACGAAUUGAAAAACUGCUGCAACAAAGACUCAAUCUCUUUUUCGGCUGGACUCUUGCACUUUAGAUGAACUCUGCAGAGUGACGAGUAUAAAAAACCCAUAAACGGAAUAAAGAAAUAAAUAAAUACGAAAGACAGACAGAUCGGCCGAUCAUCUAUAUACUAGAGGCUUUCAAUCACUGUGGAAUCGGACACAUUCCGUACAGCCUCUUAUAUAUGGCGACGAGCGGCUGCUGCGCAUUUGUGUUUGUCCUGAACCAGAUUGACAUCAUCGGUGCCAGGGAGCAAAAUAGAGCUGCAAUACAGAGCUGACUAACUUGAACGACGGUUGACGGGCACAGCAAGAGGAGAGAUCAACUAACAUCCAGAGCAACCAUCAAUCCCAAAAAUCUAUCCAAAUUAUAUCCAAAAUGGCCAUCCACAGUCAGUUAAGGAACACAGUGUGGCUUUGUGUGAUUUUGGCAAUGAUUCUGGACCAGCAAACGCCCGCAGAGGCUCGAGUGCGAGACCUUUGCCAGGUGGUGCCGAGCACGAAUGGAGUGUGUAUGCCCACCACCGUGGGAAUCUAUUACGAUCCCGAAACGCAACGCUGCCAGUACAAGGGCUGCAGCAACAAACCACUCUUCAGCACCCUCGAGGAUUGCGACAAGAUUUGCAACAAUCCGCGGCACGUGAAGCGGCGCAACCAAGCAAAGGCCAAUGAAACCUCACAUUAAAUAAAUAAAUAGGAUCAAAAGAAAACUUUGUUGUACAUACUUAAAGUGUUUUAUUCAGUGACAAACAUUCAGACUGAAUUUUAAAUGCUUGAAAAAAGAUUAGAAAUGGUUCGUUACAUUCUUAACAUAUCUUUUGUGAAUUCAUAAAUUCAGAAACGUGCCAACAUUACGAUUUUAAAUAUACCUUGUAGUUUCUACCAUGUAGUAGAUUUUAAGAAAACAACGUGCAUUAUUUCUCUCUGUUUAAAUAUAAAAAUAAGGAUUACAAAUCCCACUUCUCUAAAUAUAAUAUAUAUAAGGUUAAUAGGAA